UCACUACUGGACUUUGCUUAGGCCUCUAACAAUUAUAGAACCCAACAUGUUCUUCAAGGUACUCUGUGUGCUAUCUAUCGCCGUCGCGGUGGUCUCCGCUCACGGCUACUCCUCCCAGUACGUGCACAAGUACGACGGUCACCACGAGCCAGUGCACCACGGACAUGAUCACCACGACUACUACACUCACCCCAAGUACGAGUUCGAGUACAAGGUGGAGGACUCUCACACGGGCGACCACAAGUCGCAGCACGAGCACCGCGACGGUGACGUCGUCAAGGGACACUACUCGCUGCAUCAGCCCGACGGCUCCAUCAGGGACGUCCACUACCACGGCGACCACCACACCGGCUUCCACGCCGAUGUGAAAUACAGCACACACCACAUCGUGCCUCACCAUCAUUACUAAAGGACCUUGUUGUAGUCUCUAGACAGAACUGAAUUAUGAAAAAUAAAAGAAAGUUAAAC